AUGCCCGUCGCCACCAUGGCCAGCAGAUUCUACAUCCAGAUGCCUCCGACCCAGACGCCCAAGCAGGCCUCGCGCCGCUCACCACUCACGCCAUCGAGCCCGGGCGUGUCGCCACCAUCGUUGACCACGCACACCUCCUGCGCCUCCAAGCACGAUGCUGGCGUCCACCCGGCCAAGGCGACCGCCAUCCUGACCCGCAUGGCCUCCAGCGGCUCGCGGAGAGCGUCGGAUCCCUCGAGCCCGCCCCAGUCUCCUGAGGAGAGGUCCAGCAUCAACUCGGACACGUCAGACUACUGGUACAACGGCAGCAAAGAAGGCGGCUACAUCAGCUUUCCCGACUUCGAGAAGUACUGCUCGCCGACCCAGGACGGCUACCAGGAAGAGAGGACGUGA